AUGGAGACCGUUUACAUAUUUUCGAUAUUCGUAUCAAUCUUCUUUCACUGCAUGGGUCUCUUCUACUGUCCUUUAGAGGCUUCCGCUGAUAGCUUUGUGUUCAUAGUUAUGGCCCCAAUGUUCCUGAACAAAUUGAAGGUGAAGAACGGUCUGAAGAGCUCCCGAAAUAGGCUGGACAAGAUCACCGAGUGUGUGAUCCUUUGUCUGUUGAUGCAAGUCCUCCUUAUUACGAUUUGGUUCCCCAUCCACCAUGUAAUCCAGAUCCUGGUGGAUUCAAUAUGCAAUCAACAUCGCAAUGUUUUUCGAUUCAAGUUAGUUGACCAGAUCCAAGCAUAUGCAGCCUGUGUGGCCGUGCUGCCAUGA